AUGCAGAGCCAUGUUCCCUUUGGGUAUCCUACACCACCUGCCUCGCCAACAUACGACAAGUGCCAGUUCCAACAACAACCUCGGCAAUCUCAGUACACCCGCCACUACCAGACUGCACGAUGCGUGCCUCUGGCCCCGGAGCAGAGAUUAGGACGCCUGCUCGAAGGCAAGCUGCAGCUGACUGACAUCCUAGGCACUGGUGCCUACGGAGUAGUUUACUCUGCCAUUGACAUCAAGACGGGCAUCCGCUAUGCUGUCAAGUGUCUGAGCAAGUACAAUGUGGAUGGCACUCCGCUCGAGAGCCGCCAAGUGGCAUAUCAACAACGAGAGAUCAACCUGCACUACAAGGCGUCUGCCCACGCCAAUGUUGUCUCUAUCCACAAGAUUAUGAAUGACGUCGACUGCAUCUACGUCGUGCUCGAGUACUGCCCCGAGGGUGACUUGUUCCUCAACAUCACCGAGCGCGGCCACUAUGUGGGCAACGACCUGCUGGCCAAGCAGGCCUUUCUCCAGAUCCUCGACGCCGUCGAGCACUGCCACAAGCUCGGCAUCUACCACCGCGAUCUCAAGCCCGAGAACAUUCUGGUGACGGACCAAGGAGAGACGGUCAAGCUGGCCGACUUUGGCCUGGCCACCGCCGACGACCGCUCCGAGGACUACGGCUGCGGCUCUACCUUUUACAUGAGCCCCGAGUGCCUCGAGCCCGCCACGCGGAACCCAUUCUACAUGUGCGCGCCCAACGACGUCUGGAGCCUCGGCGUCAUCCUGGUCAACCUGACGUGCGGCCGCAACCCCUGGAAGCAGGCCUCUGUCCAGGACUCGACGUACCGCGCCUACAUUCGCUCGCCCGGGUUUUUGAAGACGAUUCUGCCCUUGUCUGACGAACUCGACCACAUUCUCGGACGCAUUUUUCACCCCAACCCCGAGCUGCGCAUUACCAUGCCCGAGCUCCGCAGCCGCAUCAUGGCCUGCUCCAGCUUUACCGUGCCUUCUUCUUCUUCUCCCGCCGCCAGCCCCGAACCUGUCGUCAUGGAGGAGGAGCCCAUUAUGCCCGAGGACAUUCUCAUUGACGAGUACGACUACGAGGAUGCUCUGUCGCCUGCUUCCGACUACUCGGAGGAAGGGUCCCUCGCUUCCAGCGUUUCCACCGUCGACGACCUCGACGAGGAGUUUAUGCAGGAGCAACAACAAGGCAUCAUCAACGACUUUGUCCCCCAUACCUACGACGCCGAGGAUGCCGUCAUGUCGCAAGCCGUCUACCACACGCAAGACUAUGUGCCCCAGCACUACAAGGGCCCCGUCCCUGCGCAGGCACCCCUCCAAGUGCCUAUCCUCCCCUCGCAACAACAGGCCUUGAUGCAUCAUCAGCAACUAGCUAUGCAAGCGGCUCCCACGCCGCUGCCCUCGCAGCCUUGCCAGCCCAAGUCGUUUUUCCCGCUUUGGGAGGUGGUCAGGCUGGUUCAGCAAUCACCCGUCAUGCAACACCCCUCGCCUUUUCACCAGCAGGUGUCCUUUCUCCCCUCCUUUCAAGGUUACUAA